AUGUGCUUCAUUCCGCACCCCGCCGAGGACGCCGAGCUGUUCAACGCCUGCCCCCUGCCGUUCGUCCCCAUCUAUCAGAGGCCCCUGGAAAUUGCUCGUGCCAAUGUCAUGAUGCAACCUAAUGGAAUUGAGCAGAACGGCCUUGUGCAAGAUCCCCAAGUGGCGAUCCUGAACCAAGCCAUUGCUCUAUUGGUGGCUCGACUCGUCCAGAACUGGGAAGAAACUUUGGGGCUGGCUCAGCAACAACCCCUACAAGCCGACGGUGACCAAGAUGAAACCGACAUGGAAGACGAUUAUGGAGAGGAUGACUAUAUUGAUGUUGAGAAC